UGGCAGGAGCACUGCAAGGACGCCUCCCGGGACUGCACCGCGGCCCUGCGCACUUGGGGCGACGGGGCCGGGCGCGGGGGACGGCUGAGAGCUGGGAGGGCGGGCGGAGGAGACACAGCUGAGGGGACGCCGCUGAGGGCGCCACGCGGGGGGCGCGGCUGGGGCGCCUCGAAGGGCAAGCGCCAAGGGGGCGCGGGCGCCGCCGGAAGCUGGGGCGGGGCGCCCAGCGGGAUGCGGUGAAGGGCGAGCGGCGCGGCGGUUGCAAUGAGUGCCUCUGCGGCCACCGGGGUCUUCGUGCUGUCCCUCUCGGCCAUCCCGGUCACCUAUGUCUUCAACCACCUGGCGGCCCAGCAUGAUUCCUGGACUAUUGUAGGGGUUGCUGCCCUCAUCCUGUUCCUGGUAGCACUGCUGGCUCGUGUCCUCGUCAAAAGAAAACCACCCCGGGACCCGCUGUUCUAUGUGUAUGCAGUUUUUGGAUUUACCAGCGUGGUGAACCUCAUCAUAGGACUGGAGCAAGAUGGAAUCAUUGACGGGUUCAUGACACACUACUUGAGAGAGGGUGAACCGUAUCUGAACACUGCAUAUGGGCACAUGAUCUGCUACUGGGAUGGCUCUGCUCAUUAUCUGAUGUACCUGGUGAUGGUGGCAGCCAUAGCAUGGGAGUAAGUCAGUUCACCUGGUGUGUGCCUUUGCCACCUUAGCAACCGAUAAGCGGGGAAACUUAUAGAACCAUUGGCCUAUAUUGGGUUGGAUCUAUUAUUAUGAGUGUUGUUGUUUUUGUGCCAGGAAACAUUGUAGGGAAGUAUGGAACACGAAUUUGCCCUGCUUUUUUCUUAAGCAUACCAUAUACUUGUCUUCCUGUCUGGGCUGGUUUCAGAAUCUAUAAUCAGCCAUCAGAAAAUAAUAAUUACCCCUCAAAGGUUAUUCAAGAAGCCCAAGCAAAAGACCUGCUGAGAAGACCAUUUGAUUUAAUGUUGGUCGUGUGUCUCCUCCUGGCAACUGGAUUUUGCCUGUUCAGAGGCUUGAUUGCUUUGGAUUGCCCAUCUGAGCUCUGCCGAUUAUAUACGCAAUUUCAAGAGCCCUAUCUAAAGGAUCCUGCUGCUUAUCCUAAAAUUCAGAUGCUGGCGUAUAUGUUCUAUUCUGUUCCUUACUUUGUGACUGCACUGUAUGGCUUAGUGGUUCCUGGAUGUUCCUGGAUGCCUGACAUCACAUUGAUACAUGCUGGAGGUCUGGCUCAGGCUCAGUUUUCUCACAUUGGUGCAUCUCUUCAUGCUAGAACUGCUUAUGUCUACAGAGUCCCUGAAGAAGCAAAAAUCCUUUUUUUAGCAUUAAACAUAGCAUAUGGAGUUCUUCCUCAGCUCUUGGCCUAUCGUUGUAUCUACAAACCAGAGUUCUUCAUAAAAACAAAGGCAGAAGAAAAAGUGGAAUAAAAAUAUUACUUCAUGUUCCUCCUUUCUAAAUUACUAACUUUUGUUAUACUGGUACUAAUAUUUUGUCCCAUUUCACUCUCUUCUCAUACAUGAAUACUUAAGAAUAUGUACAUUCUUGCUCUGCACUGUAUGUGUGAGCUAUAUGGUAUUGUGUAAAUUUUUUUUGAAGGAAAAUGGAAAUUCUUGAGAAACAGUUUGUUUAAAGAAAUAUAUUCAAAAUCAUUUGUGAAUAAACUUGAUCAUCCGUCUCAA